ACUACGCGUGCGCCCUCCGUGCCAGGCUGGAUUAAAAUUGCCGCCGACUGCCUCAGAAUUUAAAGGGCCCGCUGCCUUCCCGAAGUUGGUUUGAAAGCAAGGGGUGGUUGGUUGUGGACUUCACUUUGUCAUGGGACCCGUGCGGUUGGGCAUGUUGCUUUUCAUUCUGGCUGUGUACGGCGCUCGGGCUGGGACGGCGAAGGAGGAGGACGAUGACAAAGAACGCUUGCCCAGCAAAUGCGAAGUGUGUAAGCUGCUGAGCCUGGAGCUACAGGAAGAGCUAAGUCGCACUGGCCGAUCUCGAGAAGUGCUGGAGCUGGGGCAGGUGCUGGACACAGGCAAGAGGAAGAGACAUGUCCCUUACAGCAUUUCAGAGAUGAGGCUGGAAGAGGCCUUAGAGAAUCUGUGUGAGCGGAUCCUGGAUUACAGUGUUCAUGCUGAGCGCAAGGGCUCACUGAGAUACGCCAAGGGUCAGAGUCAGACCAUGGCAACGCUGAAAGACCUGGUGCAGAAGGGGGUGAAGGUGGAUCUGGGAAUCCCUCUGGAGCUGUGGGACGAGCCCAGCGUGGAGGUCACAUUUCUCAAGAAGCAGUGUGAGACAAUGCUGGAGGAGUUUGAAGAUGUCAUAGGAGACUGGUACUUCCACCAUCAGGAGCAGCCCCUACAGUACUUUCUCUGUGAAGGUCAUGUGCUCCCAGCUGCUGAAACUGCAUGUCUACAGGAAACUUGGAAUGGAAAGGAGAAGAUCACAGAGGAGCAAGAAAAGACAAAAGAGGAGGAGCAAGACCAGGAGAAUGAAGAGGAAGAAGAAGAAGAGGAGGAGGGGGAGGAAGAGAUAAUCAACAUAGCAGGGUACCCCAAGCAUGACCCAGAGGAUCUUUGACCAUUGCCCUUUAGCCCCCAGGAGGGGCAGGAACCAUGGAAAAGAACCUUCUUAAGUCUGAGCUUUCCUCGCCCCACAGCUUUAAGGGUGUGUGUGCACAUGUGUGAGUGACCCCAUCCCAGAGCUUGUAGCUGUUCUCUCCCAUCUGAUCUCAGCCAGGAUCCUGGAUGCGCAGCAUGGCAUGAGUAUAGGGAACAAGGUGGGAGUAGUAGAUGGAAGCCCUGCCCCAACACAUCUGGCCCCUUGUCUGGUGUGAGUGGUGAUAGUAUUGAAGGCCUUCCCUUUUAAACGUCUCAGAGGUCAGCGAUGGCACAAGAGCUAUAGGCUUUGGAAAAGUCACUCUAACUCUGGGGUCUGUUUUUAUACCCUUACAAGAAAGUCAGAAUGGACAUUCUUUACAGUCUAUAUAUACUACCUGCGCCUUGGAGGCUACAUGCCAACCAACUGGGAACAAGAGGACAGUGGAUGGGGAUUUAGGUGAGGAUACUUGCUCUAUUUCAUAUUAAUUUCACCGAGGGUCCACCAUGUAAUUUCACAGGUGCCAAAUUUUCUAUACCGCUAA